AUGAUUUUCUUGUGUGUGCAUGUGCAUGAUGCAGCGGGUGGCGGGUCAGAGGGGGGGCGGCUCGUCGGCCGAAAGAUCCUGAAGCGGUCGGGGGACACCGUCGUCAGCGGUUACGUGAAGGACUACAACCCCCCCGUCGACGGCAAGCAGGAAUCUUGGACCCUCAGGCACGAGAAGAAGUGCGACGAUGGCGAUGGCGAGGGGAACAACAGCGGGGGGGAGGACGAGGUGGUGGAUCGACCCGAGCUCGACAAGCAGCUCAACCUCCAGGCGGUAAUGGAGAGGGAGUUCCCCUCGGUAUGCAACGAGAACAAGGAGGAACCAGUAGAACAUAGAUGGAAGUGGGGGAUCGAGGAGAUUGCAGUAGUGGACCAGUACACAUACCUCGGAGUAGAGAUCGCAAAAGACUGCUCGUGGAAUGCACACAUGUCCAAGGUAGCGGAAAAGGGCAAAGCACGAGCAGGGAAGCUGCACCCAAUACUCGCAAACCGGCACCUCGAUACACGCAUCAAAUUGACGGUUUUGAAGAGCGUAAUCGUACCGCCGCUAGAGUACGCCGGAGAAGUAUGGGAAGGAAAUAAGAAGGUAGUGAAAGAACUCGAGGCGGCGCAGAUGAAAGCAGCGAAAACCAUCCUAGGAUGCUCCAGGCGCACAAGUAAUGCAGCCGUGAGGGCAGAAUUGGGGAUCCAAUCCCUACGGUCGGGAAGAGACGCGAGGAAGCUGACCUGGCAGUAUCGCAUGUGCGGGAUGGGAGAGGAGAGGUUGCCGAGGAUUGUAUGGGAGGCGAAGUGGGCAAACAAAAAGAGGGGUAGACAACCCACGGAAUGGGUCAAGGUUGUAGAGGACGUAUGGAAGGGGCUCGACAUCGACGAAGAUGAAACGCUGGAAACGGAGGGUCUACAGGGGUUCAAGGAGAAGAUAUCUGUUGCUUGUGCCGAGAGAGAAGAACAGAAUCUGAGGAAAGAAUCCAAGGAUAAGGAGGGUCUAGAAGUGUACGGAAUGUUGUGCGGGAAGGGAUAUCGUUAG